UAAUUCGAAAGCAUAUCCCUUUAUAGUUUAUACGAAUACCACCUCCCCAAUUAAGCAACUUAACUCCAAGUCUUACUCAACACCACCAGCGGAGAUGGGUCUCCGGCGCACCCCCCUCCUCCUCCUCCUCCUCAUCCUCCUCCUCUCCCCCUCCCCCAGCGCCGCCUUCCGCAAGAAACACAAGCUCCCGGGCCCCAUCAAAACCAUCGUGGUAAUAGUGAUGGAGAAUCGCUCCUUCGACCACGUGCUCGGCUGGCUCAAGCCCUCCCGCCCCGACAUCGACGGCCUCACCGGGAAGGAGUCCAACCCCCUCUCCGUCUCCUCCCCGGAGUCCCCCCGAAUCCCGGUCACCGACGACGCCCUCUUCAUCGACGGCGACCCUGGCCACUCCUUCCAAGCCAUAAGGGAACAAAUCUUCGGCUCCAACGUCACCUCCCUAACCCCUGCCCCCAUGAACGGGUUCGCGCAGCAAGCCGAGUCCAUCAAGCCGGGCUUCUCCAAAACCGUGAUGAGCGCCUUCAAGCCCCAAAUCCUCCCCGUCUACACCAAACUGGCUCACCACUUCGGAGUCUUCGACAAGUGGUUCGCCUCCGUCCCCGCCUCCACCCAGCCCAACCGCUUCUACGUCCACUCCGCCACCUCCCACGGCGCCAUGAGCAAUGUCCGCAAGGAUCUCAUCCACGGCUUCCCCCAGAAAACCAUCUUCGACUCCCUCGCCGACAACGGCCUCUCCUUCGGCAUCUACUACCAGAACAUCCCCGCCACCCUCUUCUUCAAAACCCUCCGCAAGCUCAAAAACGCCCUCAACUUCCACGACUACGCCUUGAAGUUCAGGAAACACGCCGAGAAGGGGAAGCUGCCCAACUACGUGGUCAUCGAGCAGAGGUACUUCGAUGUCGAGGUUUUUCCGGCGAAUGAUGACCACCCCUCGCAUGACGUGGCGGCGGGGCAGAUGUUUGUGAAGGAGGUGUAUGAGAUUCUUAGGAAGAGUCCGCAGUGGGAGCAGAUGGCCAUUUUGAUUACGUAUGAUGAGCAUGGGGGGUUUUAUGAUCAUGUUCCUACGCCGGUUGUCGGUGUGCCCAACCCUGAUGGGAUCAUUGGCCCGCACCCUUAUUACUUUGGCUUUGAUAGAUUGGGGGUUAGGGUGCCCACUUUUCUUAUCUCGCCCUGGAUCGAGAAGGGGACUGUGAUUCAUGAAGCAGAGGGUCCAACUCCAUAUUCUCAAUAUGAACAUUCGUCUAUUCCUGCCACAGUAAAGAAGCUUUUCAAUUUGAAAUCCAAUUUCUUGACAAAAAAAUGCCGAAAGCCCGUUUCGGGCCGGUGGCGACACUACCUAGCUUUAAUAGUUUGCAAUGGAAAUGCCACAUAUUUUAGCUUUAAUAUACAAGUGGGCAUAGGACAGAUUUGGAAGCAGUGGACGAGACUGGAAGAAGAUGCCCUCGCAGGAGUCGCGAAAGCACUCGCAGCAGCAGAAGAAGCCGCAGAAGCACCAAAGGCAAGCAUAGACGGCGACAAGGUCAUGCUCCCAGUGCCCACGAUUGAAGCAAUGGUGGUUGUCACCGUCGAGAACAGCGGUGCUGAAGACGUGGUGAACAAAAAUGAACCCUGUGGCUUCAACCCUCCUGCAUCCCAGAAAAUGAAAAUGAAAAUGAAACCCAUAAUCCAUUCUUUGGCUUGA